UGUGUUAUUUUAUAUAUCGUUUUUGUGGCCGAUGCUAGGCAUAACGAAAAUAAGAUUAAAAUUCUAAAAAUGCAAAAAGAAAGUGAGAAAAUGAGUAAAGAAUGCCCCUCACAAAAUAAUGGAACUAUUGAAGAAAAUGAAAUUAAAAUUGAAAAAAUGGAAAAGGAAAUUAAGGAAAUGGUUAAAGAACAGGCCAAACUUAAUGAAAAAAUUAAAAUUUUGGAGGAUACAAAAACAGAUUUGGGUAAAUUAGUCGAGCAAAUUAAAAAUUUAGAAGCAAAAAUUGCGGUUAUUGAUGAUAAGGAAAAUAAACGAUUUGAUGACUUUUAUGAGAUGUCAAAAACAAAUUUUAAUACUCUUCAAAAGUAUAUUAAUGAGCAUUCAAAAAGAAUGGAUAUAAUUGAAAACGAAAAAAUAUUUUUAGAACAUAAGGGAAAAGAAAAUGAAAUUAAAAUUCAAAAAAUGGAAAAACUAAUUGAGAAAAUUGUUAACGAAAAGGUAUUGAAAGUUUAA